AUCUGUCAUUUCCCAGUUCAGGCGAGAGGAACAAAUCCGUCUCUCGAGACUUAUCUUCUCUUCUCUUCGCAUCUCAAAAUCUUCUCUGCAAAAUUUCCAAACCCUCAAAAAAUUGGUCAGAUUUUGCUUCGAGCUGUAAUUUGAUUGCGUAAUCAUGGCUCAGGCAGUCGAAGAAUGGUACAAGCAGAUGCCAGUCAUCACCCGCUCGUACCUCACAGCGGCUGUUGUCACCAACAUCGGUUGCUCCCUCGACAUAAUCUCUCCUCACAAUCUGUACUUGAACCCUAAUCUAGUGGUCAAGCAGUAUCAGUUCUGGCGCCUCGUUACUAAUUUCCUUUACUUCCGGAAAAUGGACUUGGAUUUCAUGUUCCACAUGUUCUUUCUUGCUCGGUACUGCAAGCUUCUCGAAGAGAACUCUUUCCGAGGACGGACUGCUGAUUUCUUUUACAUGCUCAUAUUUGGUGCCACUGUGUUGACUGGGAUAGUUCUGGUUGGAGGGAUGAUACCUCAUUUGUCUGAGUCGUUUGCAAAGAUUAUAUUCCUCAGCAACUCACUAACAUUCAUGAUGGUCUACGUGUGGAGCAAGCAAAAUCCAUUCAUUCAUAUGAGCUUCUUGGGCCUCUUUACCUUCACAGCAGCUUACCUACCUUGGGUUCUUCUGACGUUCUCCGUCUUUGUUGGAGCUAGCCCUUGGGUGGAUCUUUUGGGAAUGAUUGCCGGUCACGCCUAUUACUUUCUGGAAGAUGUUUACCCACGAAUGACAGGUCGCCGGCCCUUGAGAACCCCUUCGUUUAUCAAAGCACUGUUUGCGGAUGACCCUGUUGUGGUGGCACGACCAGGAAAUGUGAGAUUUGCACCACCACCCGUGGAGGAACUUCACCAAGAUUAAUCAGAUCUCGGGGAAAGCCAGGUUGAUGAGGGUUAUAGCUUUUGGGAUAUUUAUCCGGCAUUUAGGAUGAAUUUUCGGCUCUGUAAUAUAUGGAAAGAUCUUCACUGAUAUGCUAAUAGUUUUUUCUUGAGUAACUUGUUACAGUUGAAAGCUCGUCAAUGCGCAAUCAAAAGUCUCUUUUCUCUGUA